UUUAUCUCGAUCUCCAAAUCUUUUCCAGAGCAGCGUUUGACAUCUCAAUCCUCCAGCCGAUUCUGAACAACCGAAACAAAAACAAGCAGCAUGGGUACCUUGCAGCAGAUCGCUAUCGUGAAGGGACAGCAGCGUGGACUGAUUCCGGCCCUUCUGCACCGCACCAUCGAAGCCAAUGUGGACAAGUUCUGCGGUUUGGAAACGGCACUCAUCUAUGAAGACGAUGUCAACGGUUCCCUCAAGACGAACUACAACGUGCUCAAUUCAACGGCCAACCGGCUAGCGGUGGCCGCGAUCGACGAGAUCAACAUCCGGAACCGGUGCCAACCGAACUCGGACGGAGACUACAUCGUUGCGGUUUGCAUGCAUCCAUCGGACAAGCUGGUUACGACCCUGUUGGCCAUCUGGAAGGCUGGCGCGGCCUAUCUGCCCCUGGAUCCCAGCUUCCCGACCAACCGGAUAGAGCACAUCCUGCAGGAGGCCCGACCUGUGCUGGUGAUCUACGACGAUAGCUACCAGGCGAGUGCCAGCGUUUUUGGCGAUACUCCGGCCGUAUCCUUUGGGGAACUGAGACAGAAGGCAUCGCCCCUCAGUAAUGCCAAUGUGCAACCGGAACAGAUGCUCGGGGCCGGCAACAAUCGGCUCGGUUUGGUGCUGUACACAUCCGGAAGUACUGGGGUUCCAAAAGGGGUACGACUGAAUCACGAGACGAUUCUGAACCGGCUGCAGUGGCAGUGGAAUCGAUUUCCCUAUUCCGAAACGGAAAAGGUCGGUGUGUUCAAGACGGCGCUCACCUUCGUCGAUUCGGUGACGGAAAUUUGGGGCCCAUUGUUGCAAGGUAUGGCCAUCGUGGUGGUACCGAAGAAGAUUACCAACAACCCGGAGAGGCUAGUUGAGCUGCUCGAAGAGUAUCGGAUCGAGCGAUUGGUUCUGGUUCCGACCUUGCUCAGAUCGCUGCUGCUCUACCUACCGCUGCAGAAGAAGAGGCUCCUGUACAACCUGCGCAUCUGGGUUUGUUCCGGCGAACCACUGCAACUACCGUUGGCCAAAGAAUUCUUCGACUACUUCGAGGAAGGUGUUCAUCAGCUGUGCAAUUUCUACGGCUCGACUGAGGUUAUGGGUGAUGUUACCUAUUUCGUUUGCGAGUCGAAAAAACAACUCAGCAACUACGAGAAAGUUCCUAUUGGCUAUCCACUGGAUAACACUGUGAUAUACAUCCUUGAUCCAGAUUUCCAACCCGUUAGGCCAGGCGACAUAGGCGAGCUCUUUGUGGCAGGUCUAAACCUGGCCCAAGGUUACGUCAACGGGCGUGAUCCUCACCGCUUCAUCGAUAACCCGAUGGCCGUUGACCCAAUGUACGCUCGGCUUUAUCGGACCGGAGAUUUUGCUUCGGCCACUAAAGGUUGCGUUUACUACGAGGGCCGCACCGAUUCUCAAAUCAAAAUCCGUGGCCACAGAGUCGAUCUGUCCGAGGUCGAGAAAAAUCUACUGUCGCUGCCGGGAGUGGACAAAGGUAUAGUACUCUGCUAUCACGCUGGUGAACUUGAUCAGGCUCUGUUAGGGUUCAUAACACUGGAAGAAAGCUGCGGUCUGAAGACCGGCCUGCAAAUCGAGGGUGCUUUGGAAAGCAGACUGGCACAUUAUAUGAUUCCUCAGGUCAUCAUCCUGGACAGCAUCCCGCUGCUGGUGAACGGAAAAAUAGAUCGCCAAAGUUUGCUCAAAAUGUACGAGAAUACGAAUAAUAAUGAUGACUCCACCAUCGAAAUCGAGUACGACUACAGCGGGGUUCCGGAACACAAGCUGGCGAUUGCCAAGGAUCUCUUCACGACGGUUGGGGCGGUGAUUGGACGCUCGACUCGAACUAAGAUCUCGUUGCAGAGCAACUUCUACGAGCUAGGUGGCAAUUCGCUGAACUCCGUCAUUACUGUGACCCAGCUGUGUCAGAAAGGCCACGCUAUCAGUAUUACCAGUUUCAUCGGUGCCGAAAAUUUGGCCGAAAUAUUGGACAAAAUCUACCAAAAUCACCAGCAACUGGCUGAACACGAUCUCAGCGAUCAACAGUUCGAGUUCGAGUACAAAAUGCAGCUGACCGCUCAUCCCUUGGCCGACGAACACAAGGAAGAUUCAAUCAACAUCUUGACGUACAGUUUCUACGAGAAAGCCGAUCUGGAGCGGUGGUUGAAACCGUUGAUUCGGGAGCAAGACUACCGGGACGUAUUGGUUGAAAUCUGGGAUGUUCUCGUUGAAAAGAACCUCAGUUUCGUCAUCAAGGACCCGAGCGGAAAGUCGGUUGGCGUCUCUUUGAAUUUCGAUGCUCACGACGAACCAGAAGUGGAAAUUCUAAACAAUCUGGUCAUCGUAUUCGAGUUCCUGGAGUUCGUUGAACGACCCAUUCGGGAAGAGCAACUACCCCAGGGUAAACGGCAAAUUCUUCACUCGUUCAUGAUGGGCACUUGUGCUGACCUGAACGCCCAGGAAAACAUCGAGGCUAUGCACUUCAUGGAGAGCGAGGUGCUCAAGAUCGCCAAACGGGGCCAGUUUGCCGGAAUCCUGACGACCAACACUAGCCCACUGACGCAGCAGCUAGGAUCGACCGUGUACGGGUACGAAAGUAUGCUGGACUAUCAGAUCAACCAGUACGUGGCCAGUGACGGCAGCCAGCCAUUCGGCAAGGCCCCCAACGAUCAGCGGGUUAUCGUGCACUGGAAGGACAUCCGGAAACAGCACUGAAAUCAGUAGCUCAAAAACCAAUUUGAUUUCCUUGUUAGUUUGUAUGGUAUGCUUAUUUCUAGUAUUAGUAGUAGUAGAAUAUUGUCUUUAUUAGUACUGGCUACUUCAGAAGCUGCGCAGCUCAUAACUGAGAUCCUCUCGGAUUUGAUUCUAGAUAGAAGAAAAAACUACUUUUGAUAGUAAGGUGAUAUUAUGAUAAUGUCGUACAAAGUACCAACGAAAACUUUCCAAAAAACAAGACAAGUAGAAGAUAUUAGUGUGCUACAAACAGUUAAUUGUGCAUAAGUUUAUCUUGCAAUAUAUAUUUAUAUUAAAUAAAUAAAAAGAUUUAUUGAACUA